AUGGAGGCGUACUUGAAGUCACAGGGAUAUCAUGUGUGGAAGACAGUGUACACAGGUUAUAUCAUUCCUAUAGAGGAAAUUACAGAUGCGGCAGAGUUGAAAAAAUAUGAACAGGAGAAUAAGGCUAGAAGUGGACUUUUAAGUGAACUAACAGAUCAAGAAUUGGCUAGAGUAUCUGGAUGUGAGACAGCUAAGCAGGUCUGGGAUAAAUUAAAAGGUAUUUAUGAAGGAGAUGACAAGAUUAAAGAGGCCAAGCUCCAGCAUUUCAGAAAUCAAUUUGAAAGCUUGAAGAUAUUACCAGAGGAGACUGUUGAAGCAUUCAUGAUUAGAGUCAAUGAAAUAAUCAACUCAAUUAGAGGAUUGGGAGAACAACUCAAGGACUCAGUAGUAGUUAAGAAGAUUCUAAGGUCCUUGCCAAAGAUGUAUAAUCCACAGGUUUUAGCCAUUGAAGAAUCAAAGGAUCUAAGCACAAUGAGUUUAGAUGAAUUACAUGGAAUCGCAACUGCAUACGAAUUGAGAAUGGUUAAACCCAAGACCAGUGAAAAAGAAGCAGCUUUUAAAGCUUUUAAGAAGUUGAAGGUGAAAGAGGAGAGUGAGUCUGAAGACUCAGAUGAUGAGUUGAUUGCCUAUCUGGCAAGAAAGUUUAAAACUCAGAAGGGCAAAUGCAAGGAAAAACUCCCUCUCAAGUGCCUUAAUUGUGGUGGUAUAGGACACUUUUCUUCCAAGAGUACUAACAAAGGAAAAGUAGAUGAUUCAGAUGAUGAGGGUCCACAAAUGAAGAAAACAAGCCUUGAGAAGAAAACGUUCAUCUCAAGGAAGAAAGGGAAUUUCAAGAAGAAGAGCUUAAUCACCCACAAAGAAAGCACUGCAUCAGAUGAGUCAUCAGAUGAUGAGGAAUAUGAAACCCUAUUCGUGGUCACUUCAAGCAUGGACAAUAAAAGGGGAAGUGAAAAAUUUGAUGAUGAAAGAGAAGAAUCAGAAUAUGAGUGUGAUUUAGAAGCAGAACUUUACUCUGCUUUAAAGGAUCUGAAAGUUCAAAGAAAGACUGUAAAGAAGCUCCAAAAUCAACUGAAUGAAAAAGACGAAAUGGUUAGUCAACUGAAACAAAUAGAAGAAGAGUUGACCAAAACCUUAGAUGAACUUAGUGCCAAUCUUUCAACAAAAGAAGAACUUCUGGUUCUUGAAAAUCAAUUGAAGACCUUAAACAACGAAGUUGAUGACUUACAACAGAAAACCUAUGCAGAGGCAAUCACAUCACCUUCCCCAAUGACUUUGUUGAAAUCCAAAGGCAAGGAGGUAGCUAUUCAAGCAAUAGAGAAAGAAGGUGCAUCCACUCAGGAAGAUGAUAGAAACAUCGUUGAUGAAAUUCUAAGCUAUCAAAGGCCAUUCAAUUUGAAAACAGGUCUUCGAUAUGAGAAUGAAGGAUCUUCUAACACUCUGAAAAUUAAUGAAAAAGCAGCUACAAGUAAUCCAAUGAAAUUUGUAAAAGGGAGCAAAGGAAAUCCACAGGUACAAAUUAAAGGACUGCAAGGAAGACAGUGGAUAGAGAUGGCUUUACAAGGGUCAAUCAUUAGAGAUCCAAAGGUUCAUGGCAAAGUUUGA